AAAGGGAGUGUUUAAUACAGCAGGGUUGGGAUGACCUACUAGUGUCUAAGCAGCGCAAGCAACUGUCAGAGUUUAGUGACCCCUCAGAGAGAGCUGAACUCAACACAGGCACUGGCAACGGGACUAAGAUUUGUGCCACUAGACCAGAAGAAAAAAUGGAAGGGUCUAGUGGUAUUGAGCUGGUAAAAAGGCAAACUCGGUUUCCUUCUGUAAAGUCAGACAUAGCCCCGGGCUUAUUUGUGCCUGAAGAGGACAACAGCUUGUAUUUUACAUACUCUGGACCACCAAAUGUCCUGGAAGUUAAAGAUUUGAGCUAUCAGGUUAAUUUAAGUGCUCAGAUUCCAUGGUAUGAAAAGCUUGCUGAAUUUAAAAUGCCCUGGGAUUGGAAUAAAGGAUCCGAAACUGCAGCAAUGACGAACCUAAAUGUGAGAGUCAGUAGUGGGCAAAUGUUAGCAGUCAUCGGGAAUUCAGGGUGUGGAAGGACAACUCUUUUAGACAUCAUUACAUGCAAGGAUGAAGGUGGGAAGAUUAAAUCAGGAGAAAUUCUCAUUAAUGGGAAACUCACCACAAGGAAUUUGGUGAAGAAGUGCGUCGCUCAUGUCCGUCAGGAUGAUCAAUUGUUGCCUCACCUCACUGUCCGAGAAACGCUGUCAUUUGUCGCCAAACUUCGCCUCCCUAAAUCCUACUCAAACGAGCAGCGGCAAAAGCGGGUGGAAGACGUUAUAGCAGAGCUCAGGUUACGGCAAUGUGCAAACACUAAAGUGGGGAAUGCAUACACGCGAGGAGUGUCUGGAGGAGAGAGGAGAAGAGUCAGCAUUGCCGUCCAACUUCUAUGGAACCCUGGCAUCUUGAUUCUUGAUGAACCUACCUCUGGCUUGGACAGUUUUACAGCUCAUAAUCUUGUGAUAACCUUGUCCAGGCUCGCCAGAGGAAACCGUUUGGUUUUAUUGUCAAUUCAUCAGCCCCGCUCUGACAUAUUCCAACUUUUUGACUUGGUUCUCCUACUGUCAUCGGGAGCCACAAUCUAUUCUGGCACAGCAAAAGACAUGGUGCAGUAUUUCACUUCUAUAGGCUAUCCAUGCCCAAGAUACAGCAACCCUGCCGAUUUUUAUGUUGAUCUUACCAGCAUUGACCAGCGAUCCAAAGAUAAGGAGAUGGAAUGCUUGGAGAGAACCAGAUCUCUGGCUGAUAUUUUCCAACAAAAAGUCAAAGAUUUUGAUGAUUUUCUGUGGAAAGCCCAAGAUGAAAACAAAGAACAGACCUCCAGUGAGACUCGCAUGCCAACCCCUCAAAAGGAUAAAGUAAUUACUAUCAAUAAACAUGAAAAGGAUGAGUUACCUAAAGGAAUUCACCAAUUCUCAGUACUGAUAAGUCGCCAUGUUUCAAAUGAUUUGCGGGAUCUGACAACAUUGCUUAUCCAUGGCAUUGAGGCUGUUUUGAUGGCGCUAUUAAUUGGAUUUCUGUAUUACGGACAAGGUGGAAAUCCACUCUCCAUACAAGAUACAAUCGCACUGCUGUUCAUGAAAGGCUCACUCACGCCCUUUGCUGUUGUCCUGGAUGUAGUUGCAAAAUGUCAUUCAGAAAGAGCGAUGCUUUACCAUGAGCUGGAAGAUGGAUUAUUUUCUACUACACCUUAUUUUUUUGCUAAGGUCAUUGGUGAGCUCCCAGAACACAUGGCCUUUGUUAUUUUCUAUAGCGUGCCGAUAUACUGGCUCGCAAACCUGAACCCCUUACCAGAAAACUUCCUGAUGAACUUCGUGCUCAUGUGGCUGGUGGUUUACUGCAGCCGUACCAUGGCCCUGUGGAUGUCCGCAACGUUCCCCACCCUACAGAUGUCCUCCUUCCUCAGUAAUGCCAUCUUUACAGCUAGUUAUUUGACUGGAGGAUUCAUUAUCAGGCUGGAGAAUCUCUGGACAGUCCCUUACUGGAUCUCCUUUGUGUCCUUCAUGCAUUGGAGCUUUGCCGGGCUCAUGCAGGUUCAAUUUAUGGGUACAACAUACAAGAUCCAGGCCCAAAAUUUCAGCAUCACCAUUCCUGGAGAAUCGAUUGUGAAAAGUAUGACCAUGGACACUUACCCACUCUACGCCUGCUAUCUUACACUCAUUGGCAUCAUUGCUGGUUUCCUUCUUCUGUAUUACUUGAGUCUUAGGUUCAUUAAGCAAAAGUCCAGCCAAGAGUGGUGAUCGCCAAUCAGUUUCCUCUAUGGACAUGAAUACAUGAAAAAUGAAUGCUGCAUUGUGUGCCAGGGAAGCAGUGAUGAAAGAGACAAUCUCUGAUAAUAGCCCUAUGAGGAUCUGCAGGAUAAAGUGAAGUCUUCCUAUUAACAAGCCGGACCUUAUGUAUGACUUUUCAAAAAAGUGUUCUAUGUUCCAUGACAACCGCCAAUCAGUUCAAUCCUGCCCCUGAGAGCAACAAUGAAAGUUCGAAUUUGAUUUGAGGUUUGUUACCGGUGCAGGGCUGUUCUUAAGACAAAUGAUAAGAAAUUAUUUUAGACUGGGUCCCUGUUUUUCCUCUUGUGGUCUUGUUUUGUGUUUUCAUUUUUUUUUACCUUAUUUUAGUAGAGGAUGCAACAGGAGGGAACUGGAACCCCAAAACUUUCAGAUAGGCACAAACACAACCGGGACUAUGAUAAGAGGAUCUCACCCUUGGAGUCCCAAAGAUAUAUAAGAGGGUGACUGCACCCAACAGGUCUAAUUUAUCACGAUUGGGUGGAAUGACCUUUUAAAGCCUAAAUUUGGAUAACAUUUAAAAAAAAUAUUUUGCAUAAGGGACGUGUGAAUGAGACAUGAAACGGAACAAGGUGUAGGCAGGAGGGGAAGCUGCCCCCUGGCACAGCACUGUGCCUUCAUGUAGGGCACCACAAGGAGAGGGAUUUGUGUUGGGUGGUGGAAUUUGGGGGGCAGUAGGGAGUAAGAAUUGUUCUAGAAAGUUUAGCUCAUGUAUAGUGCCAUGUAGUUGCCAUCAUCCCUUUGAUCAAUUGUAAACUGAAAAAACCUCAAUGGGAGUGGGAUUUUUUAGGCAACAAAUGUAAGACAACCAGGUCAUAAAAAAGUAUAAAUUUAUUACAACAUAUAAAUAUAUUAGAACAAUAUCAAUAAUGAUUAAAAAACUUUUCGAAAGAUACUGUCUGUCGCCGCAUGCCCAGAGUCAAGAGGCUGUAGGCGUGCAGGACAGAAUUUCCAACGCGUUUCGAAUGAUUGACAUUCUUCCUCAGGGUAUUUACAGUAUCAAUUUCCUCUCCUCAAAAGAAACAUGUGUCAAAGAAGCUUGGGAUGCGCAUCUCCAAGUGACCCAGAUGGUAAUAUUCAAAAAAGGCACCAAAAACACACAUAGGGGCUCAUCAUCCCUCCAACCCAUAGGGGGCAGAAUUCGGAAAAUUCCAUAGAACGGCAUUUAAAGAUUUCUCCCACUGUGUCACAACUUUAGAUGAAAAGGAAGGAUUGUCCAAAAGUCCAUGCGAUUUCCACCCAACUGGAAAAUGAACACAAAGUGUCCCUCUAAAUGGGGUAGGGAAAAGGGAGGACUAUUCAGCUCCUCCAAAAAUAUCCUCCUCCUCCAACACAUGAAUUGUUCUAGGAAGGGAAAUUUGGGGGGGUGCUAGGAAAGGUGAUUUGGGAGAAUUUGUGAUGGGUGGGGGGAUGAGGAAGAGGAUUUGUGCUAGAAGAGGUGAUAUGGUAGAGGAGAUUUGUGCUUGGAG